UUAACUUCUGCUAAAAUGCGCUCACUUCUAUCUUAUCUUCCUUUAGAAAGUAGAAACACCUCGAUAAAAUUUCAGAACCCAAGCUCUCCCUGACCAGUAACCCAGACCUCUAAAGCCUCAAAUUCCUUGUACUCCACUCCCGGCGCAAUGCAGCCACAACCCCUUUCCUUCACUAACAUGAGCUGGUCACUCUCAAUCUCCACCCCUCCUUCAAAAAACCUCUUAGCAGGAUCCAAUGGAAACCAAGACCCACAAUUUCUUACUAUCCAAUCCUCUAAAUGGUGCCCCGACCCAACUUCAACUGGGCUCCAAAGACAAUCCAAGAAGGAGUUGUCUAGGAUUCUAAGAACUGAAGCUGCUAUAAAAGCUAUUGAACAAAAAGCCAACUCCAAGAAAUAUAAUAACCUUUGGCCUAAAGCAGUUUUAGAAGCUCUUGACGACGCUAUAAAAGAAAACCAAUGGGAAUCUGCUCUUAAGAUUUUUGAACUUCUUCGUAAGCAACAUUGGUACGAGCCGAGAACCAAAACAUACACCAAGUUGUUGAUGAUGCUUGGCAAGUGCAGGCAACCUGAGGAGGGCAGCUUGCUUUUUGAGGUCAUGCUGUCUGAUGGCCUCAAACCUACAAUUGAUGUUUAUACUGCUCUUGUGAGUGCUUAUGGCAAAAGUGGUCAACUUGACAAGGCGUUUUCUAUUGUUGUUGAAAUGAAAGCAAUCUCUGAAUGCAAACCAGAUGUGUAUACAUAUUCCAUACUUAUAAACUGUUGCAUUAAACUCCAUCGUUUUGAACUUAUUCGAGGAAUUCUUGCUGAGAUGUCAUAUCUAGGAAUUGAAUGCAGCACUGUUACGUACAGCACUAUCAUCGAUGGAUACGGUAAGGCUAAAAUGUUUGAAGAAAUGGAGAACACAUUGACAGAUAUGAUUGAAAGUGGCAGCUCUGUUCCAGAUCUUUUCACAUUUAAUUCCAUCAUUGGGGCUUAUGGGAGCAGUGGGCGGAUAGACAAGAUGGAGAAGUGGUACACUGAAUUUCAGUUAAUGGGUCUAAGGCAAGAUAUUAAGACGUUCAAUAUCCUGAUCAGAUCAUAUGGGAAAGCAGGCAUGUAUGGCAAGAUGAGGUCUGUUUUGGAAUUCAUGGAGAAAAGGUUCUUUUCUCCAUCAAUUGUUACUCAUAAUAUUAUCAUUGAGACAUUUGGAAAGGCCGGGGAUAUUGAGACCAUGGAGGAAUACUUCAGCAAAAUGAAACAUCUAGGAAUUAAGCCUAACACUGUCACUUACUGUUCUCUUGUUAGUGCUUACAGUAAAGCUGGGCAUAUAAUGAAGAUUGAUUCAAUUCUGAGGCAGGUGGAGAACUCUGAUGUGAUACUAGAUACCCCAUUCUUCAACUGCGUCAUCAGUGCCUAUGUUCGAGCAGGUGAUAUAGAAAAGAUGUCUAAGUUGUUUCUGGGAAUGGAAGGGAGAAAAUGCAAGCCGGACAGCAUCACCUUUGCUACCAUGAUUCAAGCCUACAACGCGCAAGGCAUGAUUGAAGCUGCACAAGGCAUGGAGAAUAUGAUGAUUGCAACCAGGAAGAAUUCAGGUACUAGGUUGAUUGGAGCCUAGCAUGAGGGUUAUUGUGGAAGAGCAACAUUGAAAAUAUAAGACAAUUAAAUGUCUGAGGUGAUAGUUUGGGAAGAAAUACUUAUUUCUCAUGACCGCUUCUGUUGCCGGGAAACUUCCUGCUUGCCAUGAUAAGAAUGAAUACACACCUUCAGUAUAAUAUCUGUUGCAUACGGUGGAUGAUCCAAUCAGCAUCCUCUACUUCUGGAUACCAACCUUUGGUUUUUCCCUCCUGUAUCCGAAGGGAGGUAUUCGGGAUCAACAUAUGAACCAUGCCAAUAAUGUGAGCCUGACAACUUUUGGUGAAGUCCUGCUCCUUGACAUGCAUCUACAUGCCUGACAAGCACCUGGUUUUUUCUGUGGUAUCGCCCUAAGGUUCUUGCUUGUGCAAAAAGCACGGAUAUUCUAUUGGUACGCAUCCACAAUUUUUCCUGCACAAGAAACACAUAAGAUUCCGUAGCCAAGCAGGUUUAGGGGGUCGCUUGAGUGUGAUGGAUUGUUACAGACUCAGCCACUCGGUCCAUUUAGACACAACCAAUCACAUUGAUCGUUGCCCUAGAUCCGUUUGUUACAAUUGGUUAGUUUAGAGCAUCCAGAUAAUUUGAUUGGUCUGGUCCACACUCAAACUACGCAACAAUCACUCCCUGAAAGUUCAGAGUGUAGAAAUUAGUCAGGUUGUAAUCUCCAAUUAUCUUGUUAUAAAGAAAAAAAAAAGGAAAGACAAGAGAGGAAUGUAGACAAGGAGGGGAAGGAUAGCAUAUGAUGGACAUCGUUGAUAUUUUUUCAUGUUAUUGACAAUUUAUUUAUUUAUUUGAUGCAAUAAGCUUAUGAAUAGCAUGUAAUCUAAGCAAUUUUUGAGGCUGA